CGGACCGCGUCGCGAUUCGUGGCAGACUAGCUCACUACUUCGAGUAUAUAGGAAAGCUGGAGAACGUGCUGCACCGUAUUCAUGUAUUAGGAUGCACAAGCUGUCAGAAGAGUCUGACAGGCAACUGCGCGUGUCGCUGUACGCCGCAGGCGAGAGGACGAAAUACUAACGUUGCAAGCGACACUGUAUAACGUAAACUUCGUUGCUGGUUGGAUGUAUUUAUAGCCCAUGCAAGCUUUUGGCAGCAAUCAUCACAUGCGACGGCACCAUUCAAACACACACAAACAUCUAUCGUUGCCUCCCCCCUCCCGCCGCUGUGCCAAGAUGUCCCAGAGUUCCUCGGCGGCGAGACGCACCCGGGCAGUUCCACCACCGCUGCCAUUGAUCAUGUGCCCAGCGUGCACGGGGACGAGGACCAGGUGGUUCGUGUCCGGGACGGACCGUAACCCGGGCAUUCAUUUCUACAAGUGCCCGAACCAGGCAGACGGAGGCCCUUGCGAUUUUUGGCUGUGGGAGGACCAGUACGCGUUCUACAUCACCGGGGUUGGCAUCAACCUCCUCAUAGAGGCUGCCGGAGGCGGAAGCAACAUCAUGUUCGGGAUGGGCCGCGCCAUGGACGACAUAUGCAUCGCAGCUAGGAACACGAUGAUGAUAUGCAUGCUAAUGCUUUUCGUCAUGCUUUCGAAGGCGGCUGGCUGGCAGUAAAUACCACUGUG